AUGGCCGAGCUUGCAUUUCCGUUGGCAUCCAAACUCAUUGGAAGGCUCAGCUCCAUUGCUUCUGAGGCGAUUUGCUUGGCGUGGGGUGUUCAAGCGGAUCUGCAGAAACUUGGACGCACCAUGUCCACAAUCAGAGACGUGCUCUUGGAUGCCGAAGAGAAGCAAGCACGUAACAGUGGCCUACGCAGUUGGCUACGACAACUUAAAGAUGUGUUCCUUGAUGCGGAGGAUCUGUUGGACGAGUUUGAGUGCGAAGCUUUGCGAAGGCAAGUGGUUCGUGUCAGUGGCACAACAAGAAAGGUAUGCCGUUUCUUUUCCCGCUCUAAUCCUGUUGCAUUCCGCUUGAGAGUAGGUCAUGAAAUUAAGGACAUAAGAGAGCGGUUACAUCAGCUUAAAGAUGAUAAGAAAUUUGCUGAUCUUCGCCCUGAUCACCAUCAUCAUCAAAUUAGUGAUAAUCUAAGGGAGAAUAGGAAUACGACCGACUACCUUGUCACUUCUUCGAAGAAUGUCUCUGUUAUUCCUAUAGUGGGAUUGGGAGGUUUAGGGAAGUCCACACUUGCCAAUUUGGUGUACAAUGAUGACAGAGUCGUUGGGAGUUUUGAAUUACGAAUGUGGACGAAAGUGUCAGUGGACUUUGAUAUCACUAGAUUGGCCAAAGAGAUCCUUCGCUCUGCAUCAGGUACAAAGAUCAGUGAAGGCUUGUCUCCGCAUCAGUUGCAAGAACAACUCCGAGAUGCUUUAAAGGAUAAGAAAUUUCUGCUUGUCUUGGAUGAUGUGUGGAACGAAGAUCGUAACAAAUGGUGCCAGUUGAGAGAUAUGUUGACAGAGGGGGCCAAGGUAGGAACUAAGGUUUUGGUGACGACACGGAAUAGCUCAGUUGCUUCAAUCAUGGGCACGGUUGAAAGCAUAAAUUUAGACCUUCUCUCUUUUGAGGAUUGUUUGUCUUUGUUUGUAAAGUGUGCAUUUAAAGAAGGACAAGAAAGACAACAUCCAAGCCUCUAUGAAAUGGGAAAAGAUAUUGUAAGAAAGUGCGGAGGGGUUCCCUUAGCUGUGAAAACCUUAGGUAGUCAACUUUACUCAAAGACUGAUGAGCGUCAAUGGAAAUUGAUUAAAGAUUCUGAGAUAUGGGAAUUAGAACAAGAUGGAGAUGGUCACAUUCUACCUGCUUUGAGACUGAGUUAUACUCAAUUGCCCUCUCAUUUGAAGCAGUGCCUUGCCAGCUGUUCAAUUCUUCCAAAGAAUUACAUUGGAUUUAGUACCGUGGAUUUGAUCCAUAAUUGGAUGGCACAUGGAAUCCUUGAAUCUCGUGAACAUGGGGAUAUGGAGUUGCAUGAUGUUGGUGAGCUAUAUUUCAAAGAGUUAUGGGACAGAUCUUUCUUUCAAAAUGUUAAGGAUUGCGCUUUCUUCUAUCAAUUUGAUAUGCAUGAUCUCAUCCAUGACCUUGUACAAUCAGUCGCACAAGGUGAGAGUUUGACAGUAGACUCUGCAGGCACCAAAGGCGUCUCUGAAAAUGUAAGACAUCUAGCAUUUUUGGAAGUUGGCCAAAAUGUUUCAACAACCUUGCAAAAGUUGAAUAAAGUGCGGACUAUAGAAAUGGGGAGAUGUGAAAAUAUUGAUGAAUCCUUCCCCUGCACUUGCAUUUCAAGAUUCAAAUAUCUGCGGGUGCUUAGCUUAGGCAAUACAUCUCGGGAAUUGUUGCCGAGUUCCAUUGGUUCUUUGAAGCAUUUGAGAUGCCUGAACUUGUUUGGAAAUGAAAGAAUCAUCGCACUACCCAAUUCAAUUUGUAAGCUGCAGAGCUUGCAAACUCUGCAUCUUGGUGGAUGCGUGAAUCUUGAAGAGUUGCCUAGAGACAUGAGAAAGUUGAUCAGCCUCAGAAGCCUUGUAAUAACCACAAAACAAUCAAGUUUUCCAGAGAAUGGAGUGGGAUGCUUGACAGCACUUCGAUUUCUUGUUAUUGUGGAGUGUAGUAAUCUAACGUGUUUGCCACGUGAUACGAGUUAUCUCGCGUCAUUACGCACUCUGGUGAUAGGCAUAUGUGAACAACUUGAUUUGGUGAUGGAAAACUAUCAGGUAAUUCCGCUAAGGCUCCAAAAAUUGUGGAUUCAAGGAGUACCACGAAUGGUCGCAUUGCCUGAAUGGUUUCAAGGAGCCGCAAACACACUACAGGUCUUGGUUAUAGAAGAUUGUGAGAAUUUGGAGGCAUUACCUGAGUGGUUGACGAGUUUCACAUCGCUUAGAAGGCUUAAGCUCGAAUCAUGUCCCAAACUGUUGUCUUUGCCAGAGGAGAUGCAUCGCCUCACUGCCUUAACAGAGGUUAGGAUUAUAGAUUGCCCUGAUUUGGAGAGGAGAUGUCAGCGCGACACAGGAGAAGAUUGGCCAAAGAUUUCUCAUGUUCCAAAUGUUUCUUUUGAAGGGCUAUGAAUUUCUCGAGAUGCAAAUUGAAACAUACACUGCUGUCUUCAAUGCCGCCUGGCUCUGUUUGUCUUAGUUUCUGAGUUGCUUGUAGUUUGUUCCGGCCAAUGUAAAUUGUGGUGGGGGCACAAGUGGAUUUAUAUUUCAGUAGAUUAAAACAUGUUUGAUUUAUUGUAAUAUUACUCCAAUUUAAUCAACCUUAUUUACAUCAAA